GCGUUCGCUUCCGGGGUCAGAGGUGGCGGCGGGGCCGGAAGCGGCUCGCGCUGGGGUCUGCUUCCGGCGGGGCCUGGCCGCGGGCGGCUGCAGGUGACGCCGGCCCCUCGCAGAUGCGGCCCCGGCUGACGUAGGACCCGAGCUGCUUGGGCCGAGGAUGAGCAAGCCGAGGGAGCUGCAGCACGACCUGGAACGGAGCCUCCCCGCCAUCGCGUCCAUCAGCACCUCGCUGUCCCACAGCCAGGGCCUCUCCCCCUACUGCUACUUGUCCCCGGAGAAGAGGAAAGCCAUCUCGGACGUGAGGAGGACCUUCUGCCUCUUCGUCACCUUCGACCUGCUCUUCAUCUCCUUGCUGUGGAUCAUCGAACUGAACACCAAGGAUGGCAUCGAGAAGAACUUGGAGAGUGAAAUCAUCGAGUACAAUUUUAAGACCUCUUUCUUCGACAUAUUUGUCUUGGCUUUCUUCCGAUUUUUUGUGCUGCUGCUGGCCUAUGCGAUCGUAAGGCUGCGCCACUGGUGGGUCAUAGCGGUCACUACGUUGGUCUCCAGUGCCUUCCUGAUUGUGAAGGUCAUCCUCUCCGAGCUUCUGACCAAAGGGGCGUUCGGCUAUCUGCUUCCUAUCGUCUCGUUCGUCAUUGCUUGGCUAGAGACCUGGUUCCUGGAUUUUAAAGUCCUAUCUCAGGAAGCAGAAGAGGAACGAUGGUACCUGGCAGCCCAGGCUGCGGCCGCCCGCGGGCCCCUGCUCUACCCCGGAGCCCUUUCGGACGGGCAGUUCUACUCCCCGCCGGAGUCCUUCGCAGGGUCGGACAACGAGUCGGACGAGGAAGGUCUGGGGAGGAAGGCGUUGACAGCGCAGGAGAAAGAAUACGUCCGGCAAGGCAAAGAGGCGAUGGAAGUUGUGGACCAAAUCCUGGCGCAGGAGGAGAACUGGAAGUUCGAGAAAAACAAUGACUUUGGUGACGUUGUUUACACUUUUGAAAUACCUUUCCACGGCAAGACCUUUAUUUUAAAGGCUUUCCUGCAGUGCUCUGCUGAAACAGUUUACCAGGAGGUUAUUCUCCAGCCCGAGAAGAUGAUCCUGUGGAACAGAACGGUGGCAGCUUGCCAGAUCUUGCAGCGGGUUGAAGACAACACGAUCGUUUCGUACGACGUAGCAGCUGGGGCCGCAGGCGGUGUCGUUUCCCCCAGGGAUUUUGUGAACGUGCGUCGGAUCGAGAGAAGAAGAGACAGGUACAUUUCCUCAGGGAUGUCGACCACGCACAGCCUGAAGCCUCCGCUCUCCAAGUAUGUCAGGGGUGAGAACGGGCCCGGAGGAUUCAUCGUGCUGAAGUGCCCCAGCAACCCCAGGGUCUGCACUUUCAUCUGGAUUCUAAACACGGACCUGAAGGGUCGCCUGCCCCGGUACCUCAUCCACCAGAGCCUGGCGGCCACCAUGUUCGAGUUUGCCUUCCACCUCCGCCAGCGGGUCAGCGAGCUGUCCGGCAAGCCCUGAGCAGCACAACGCGCCCACUGCGGCCCGGGGGGGGCCGCGGGCCAGGGGGGGGCUGCCCCACACCAACCUCACCGGGUGAGGCUGCUCGGGGUGCUCGGCUCCUUCCCCGCCGAGCAGAGCCCUGAAACCUCGGCCUGGCACGUGCCAAACCCCUGCCCCGCUCUCCGUGCGGCCGGGCUCUGCCCUGCUCCGAGUGCAGCCUUGCCCCCGCCCCACACGGCGGGUCUGGGGGCUCCUUGGGACCCCCGGCUUCCUGAACUGGUACCCUGGGGUAAGGGGGAGGGAGGGGAAAGCUGCUGUGGGGGUGAGGACAGGUCUGUCCCCGUCACUGUCCCGACACAGCCACGUGCCAGGCUGUGCCCUUCGCACACAGGGACAAAGCGCAGCCCCCGCAGGGCUCGUGGGCUCCUUCCCCUGGGGCUUCACCCCUGGGGGGGACGCUGUGGGGACUCGUGGGGCCCCCCGGGGCUGUCCCCUGGGGCUGCCCCCCUCUCUGGGGUCCUGGCUGAGCUCGUUACCCCCCCCCCACCCCCCCCACCCCCAGCCCGCAGCUCUGCAGGGAACGGUUCAGAGAUUUCUCAUCCUUCCUGGGGGGAUGCGGGGGCGAGCGCGGCUCCCUUCUACCUGUGCGCGCCGCUGCCGCGCUCUGCUAUAAAGGGAAGCAGCGCCCAGCCGCCCGCACGCGGGGGCACGCGCCGGCAGCGCUGCAGCACGGGGGGCGAGCGCCCACGGCAGCCCCCACGUGGGCUGAGCCACGGGGUCUCUGCCCCCCCACCCCCCACCCCCCCAGCACCGUCCUGGGGUCCCGUGGCCCGUGCCGGGGGCCGCCUGUGGCCGGCAGCUGUCGAAAUAAAAGAGCCUUGCACUAUUUGCAGCCCGCUGC